AUGAAUCCGCAGAUCAGAAUCCCGAUGGAGAGGAUGUAUUCAGAAACAUUCUACUACCACUUUGAAAGUAAACCCUAUCUCUCUUAUCGGAAAAACACCUGGCUAUGCUUCGAAGUAGAAACUGUGGGAAAGAAUCGCUCACUUGUCCUCUUGCAAAGGGGGGUCUUUCGAAACCAGACAUCCUACUAUGCAGAAAUGUGGUUCCUCUCUUGGUUCCGGGAAAACAUGCCCCGUAACAAGAACUACCGAGUCACCUGGUACAUAUCCUGGAGCCCCUGUGCCUACUGUGCAGAGCAGGUGGCCGAGUUCCUGUCAGCCCAUCCCAAAGUCAGCCUGACCAUCUACGCUGCCCGCCUCUACUACUUCUGGGUACCAGGUUACAGGCAGGGGCUUCGAAGGUUGGUUGAGGAAGGGGCCCGCGUGGAAAUCAUGAACUAUGAAGAAUUUGACUACUGUUGGAAAAACUUUGUGUGCAACAAUGGUAAGCCAAUCAGAUGGUGGGUAGGACUGGAUGAAAAUUAUGAAUUUCUGACUUCCCAGCUGGACGAGAUUCUCAGAAUCCCGAUGGAGAGGAUGCCUCAAAAGAAAUUCCGCUUCCACUUUCAAAACCUACACUUAGCCUAUGAUCGGAACACCACCUGGCUGUGCUUCAAAGUGGAAACUGUGGGCAGGAACUGCUUGCUCUUGAAAAGGGGAGUUUUUCAAAACCAGGUCACCCCCAGGAUAAACUGCCAUGCAGAGAUGUGCUUCCUCUCUUGGUUCCUGGAAAACAUGCUGCUCCAUGGCAAGCACUACCAGGUCACCUGGUUCAUAUCCUGGAGCCCCUGUGCCGAUUGUGCAAAGCAGGUGGCUGAGUUCCUGUCAGCCCAUCCCAAAGUCAGCUUGACCAUCUACGCUGCCCGCCUCUACUACCUCCAUGACUCAGAUACCCAGUGGGGGCUUCGCCAGCUGUGUGAGGAAGGGGCCCACGUGAUGAUCAUGAGCUAUGACGAAUUUGACUACUGUUGGGAAAACUUUGUGUACACCAACAAUGAGCCAUUUGAGCCUUGGGUAGGACUGCAUGAAAAUUAUGAACUUAUGGUCACCAAGCUGGAUGCGAUUCUUGGGUGAGGGAUUGCUUCUCCUCA